CGCGCAAACUUGGCACAUUUUCUGGCAGGAGUCGAGUUGAGUGAGUUCGUGUUUCAGUGAUAGCAGUGAAAAAUCUCCUAAAAAAGCAUUAAAGAUGGCACCACCAGCAUAUUCGGAUUUGGGCAAACAGGCUCGCGAUAUAUUCAACAAAGGCUACCACUUUGGUCUGUGGAAGCUCGAUGUGAAGACCAAGACGAAUUCUGGCGUUGAAUUCAACACCAGUGGAAAUUCCAAUCAGGAUUCUGGCAAGGUUUUUGCCUCGCUGGAAACCAAGUACAAGCUGAAGGAGUAUGGUUUGACGUUCACGGAGAACUGGAACACGGACAAUACGCUCCUCACUGAAGUUACGCUGCAGGAUAAGUUGCUGGAGGGGCUGAAGCUCACUCUCGAUUGCUCCUUUGCGCCUCAGUCUGGUAACAAAACGGCACGUGUGAAGGCUGCCUAUUGUCAUGAUUAUGUUCACUUGAAUUCGGAUGUGAAUGUUGACUUGGCCGGACCUUUGGUCAAUGCAGCCGCUGUUUUCGGUUACCAAGGAUGGCUGGCCGGCUAUCAGACCAGCUUUGAUACGCAGAAGAGCCGAGUAACUGCCAACAACUUUGCUCUGGCGUACUCCACUGGGGACUUUGUCAUCCACACGAAUGUCAACGAUGGUCAGGAGUUUGGCGGAACUGUUUACCAGAAGGUGAAUGAUCGUCUGGACGCUGCUGUCCAGUUGUCCUGGAGCUCUGGAUCCAAUGCCACGAAAUUCGGCAUUGGUGCCAAGUACAACUUGGACAAUGAUGCUGCCGUGAGGGCGAAGGUGAACAACUCCAGCCAGAUUGGCUUGGGCUACCAACAGAAAUUGCGCGAUGGUAUCACACUCACCCUUUCCACCCUGAUCGAUGGCAAGAAUUUCAAUGCUGGUGGCCACAAAGUUGGUGUUGCCCUCGAAUUGGAGGCCUAAAUUCUGCAAGCCUCCUGUGUAUCAAUCACAAGACAGAGAGAAAGAUCAUAAGUUAAACAACAACAACAAAAAAAAUACACCUUCAGGAGAUGGAACUAAAAGAGUGGGCAAAAAAAACAAUGUUGUCUACAAGAAAAAAUCAGAAAAAUAAAAAAAAUGGUAGAAAAGUAAAUUAAAAGUUUCAGCUUAAAAAAAAAACAAGAAUGAGCAAAAAAAUCAGCAAAUUGCAGAAUUUUAGUUUAAAACUCAAUUAAAAAAAAACAAAAACAAUUGUAGUUUAUGCAUAAAGAAUACAAUUUGAUUGAGAAAAAAAAAGAAACAAUCCUAAUUUUGCUGCCAAGAGCUUUUCACGGUGAAAAAGACAGAGACGAGAGAUUUCAACACACAAAAAAACAGACACUGCAAAAGAAAAACAAAUUAUUUUUGAGAAGGGAAAAGAUGCGUCAAAUGGGCGUAUUUUAUUUUUAAAACACUUCCUCUCUGAAUGUUCUUAAGAUGCGCACGCGUGCGCCCAAGAAUAUCCAACAUAAGUUGCUUUUUCCUUUUUAUUCCUACAAUUUACACACGCAAAAAAACAACUUUCUCUGUGGAUUUGAAAGUGUUCAAGAAAUUCAUGCGGAAAAUCUUUUAAAGUGUUUCCAGGUUAUUCGUAAAACAAAAACAAAAAAAAGUAUGGAAAGAAUUAUUAGACAUGUUAAAAAUAUUUCAAGAAUGAUAUAAAAAAAAAAAACAAUUUGAAAAUCCUGAAAUUUAGAUGGAAAGAGAAAUAAAGAUGAUAAACAUU